AUGGGUGACGCCGGCUCUCCCCCUCGCGGCAUCCGCAUCGCAAUCGACCGCGGCGGCACUUUCACAGACUGCGUCGGCAACCCGGGCACAGGCAAGAUGGAAGACGAUGUCUUGAUCAAGCUCCUCUCCGUCGACCCGCAGAACUACGAAGAUGCACCACUAGAAGGAAUUCGUCGGCUUCUGGAGAAGUUCUCAGGCAAAGAGAUCCCUCGUGGUCAGCCUUUAGACACCAGCAAGAUCGAGGGUAUACGGAUGGGAACCACUGUCGCCACGAAUGCGUUACUCGAACGAAAGGGCGAGGAUAUUGCCAUGGUCGUGACGAAAGGCUUCAAGGACUGUCUAGAGAUCGGGAACCAGAGUCGGCCGAAUAUCUUUGAUUUGGGUAUCCGGAAGCCAGAGGUUUUGUAUAAGAAGGUGGUUGAGAUCGAUGAGCGAGUGACGUUGGAGGACUAUGCUGAGGAUCCGGAGAGGCAUAGUACGGAGGCAAAAGCACUAGAAGAGGCGGGCAAGGACGCUGAGUUGGUGAAGGGGUUGAGUGGAGAAGCUGUGAGGAUCUUGCAACGGCCACGAGAAGAGCAGAUAAGAAAGCAACUACAAGAGGUGUACGAUUCUGGAUUGAGGAGUAUCGCAGUGUGUUUGAUGCACGGGUAUACAUAUCCGUACCAUGAGGCGGUGGUGGGCAAGGUCGCGAGGGACAUUGGCUUUGAGCACGUGUCUCUAUCGCAUGAACUUAUGCCUAUGAUCAAGCUCGUACCGAGAGCAACGUCUGCGUGUGCUGAUGCAUAUCUCACGCCUGCAAUACGGAAGUACAUUGAUGGGUUCCAGAAGGGCUUCGAGGGUGGCCUGGGCACGGAGAGAGUGAAGCAAGAGCAAGGGUCGAAGGGUGCAAGAUGCGAGUUCAUGCAAUCGGAUGGCGGUCUUGUAGACGUGGACAUCUUUUCAGGUCUGCGUGCUAUCCUUUCUGGUCCUGCUGGCGGUGUGGUUGGCUACGCACUAACGAGCUACGACCCUGAGACGCGAACACCAGUCAUUGGCUUCGACAUGGGCGGCACGUCGACAGACGUAAGCAGAUACGGCGAGGGACGAUACGACCACGUUUUCGAGACAACCACGGCCGGCGUCACAAUACAAAGUCCACAACUAGAUAUCAACACAGUCGCUGCUGGCGGUGGCUCAAGACUUUUCUUCCGGAACGGCCUAUUUGUGGUUGGACCAGAGAGUGCAGGUGCUCAUCCAGGCCCGGCAUGUUAUCGCAAAGGUGGUCCCUUGGCCAUAACAGACGCAAACUUGUUCUUAGGACGACUACUUCCUGACUUCUUCCCCAAGAUUUUCGGCAAGAACGAAGACGAAGGUCUGGACGAGCAAGCAAGCGAGAAGCUUUUCAAAGAGCUCACUGAACAGAUCAACAAAGAGCAAGGCAAGAACAUGAGCCCAGACGAGGUAGCGAAUGGCUUCAUCAAAAUUGCGAACGAGACAAUGACGAGGCCUAUUCGCUCCCUCACCGAAGCGAGAGGCCAUGACACAAGCAAGCAUCGUCUUGCGACUUUUGGUGGUGCGGGCGGUCAACAUGCUGUAGCCAUCGCAGAGGCGCUUGGCAUUGGUCAGAUUCUCGUCCACCGCUACUCUUCAGUGCUCAGCGCGUACGGCAUGGCUCUAGCGGAUGUCGUCGAUGAAAGGCAGGAGCCUGAAUCCAAGGUAUGGUCGGAUAAGGACCAGGACGUCAAGCAAUAUCUGCAGGACAAGAUGGAAGAGCUGAAGAAGAAGUCCGCGGCGACGUUACGCGAUCAAGGGUUCGACGGAUCCAACAUCCAUUUUGAAGAGUAUCUGAACAUGCGGUACCGAGGCACAGAGUCUGCGUUGAUGAUAAUCAAGCCAACAGGCGAAGAGGCUGAUGGCGAUGAGUGGGCGUUCGGCAAAGCGUUUGUGAAGCAGCACGAGCAAGAGUUCGGCUUCACUCUACCUGAUCGAGACAUCAUAAUCGACGAUGUCCGAGCGAGAGGCAUUGGCAAAACGUUCGAAGGUCUGGAAAAGACCGUCGAUCAACAACUAAAAGAGAUCACGCCCAAAGACCUGGGCAAGGAUGCCAAAGUCUACGGUCAACGGAAGGUGUAUUUCGAAGGCGGUCGUCAAGACACUGCCGUCUACAAGCUUGGAGAGCUGGCUGUUGGUGAUCGGAUUCGAGGUCCUGCAAUCAUCGCGGAUGGUACACAAACGAUUGUCGUUACACCAGAGGCAACCGCUUUGAUCAUCAACACGCACGUUGUGAUCAACAUUGGUGAACCCGACCACCAGAACAAGAAGGUGACCACGAAAGAGGUCGACCCUAUCAUGCUAAGUAUCUUCGCCCACCGCUUCAUGGCCAUUGCUGAGCAGAUGGGUCGCGCUCUGCAGAAGACGAGCGUCAGCACGAACGUCAAGGAGCGCCUAGAUUAUUCAUGCGCACUAUUCGAUGCCGAUGGUGGUCUUGUCGCCAAUGCACCACAUCUGCCAGUCCACCUAGGCAGCAUGUCGACUUGCGUACGGAAGCAAGCUGAGAUCUGGCGUGGGAAGCUGAAAAAGGGCGACGUGUUGGUAUCAAACCAUCCAAUGUUCGGUGGAACACAUUUGCCAGACAUCACUGUCAUCACACCUGCAUUCAGUGGUGACAACAUCGUGUUCUACGUCGCAUCGCGAGCACAUCAUGCAGAUAUUGGUGGUAUUCUACCUGGCUCUAUGCCACCUCACUCUCGAGAGCUCAUCCAGGAAGGAGCGAGGAUCAAGAGUGAGAAGCUUGUGUCAGAAGGCCACUUUGAUGAGGAGCGCAUAACAGAGCUAUUGCUCCACGAGCCAGCACAACAUCCUGGUUGUAGCGGCACGCGAUGCCUUCCCGACAAUCUCAAUGAUCUGAAGGCACAGAUCGCGGCUAAUCAGAAGGGCAUCAACUUGAUCUUAACGCUUAUCGAAGACUACGGCGAAGACGUCGUUCAGUUCUACAUGCACAACAUCCAGGACAAUGCCGAGCUCAGCGUCCGCAACCUCCUGAAGGAUGUAUCGAAACGCUUCGAAGGCCAAGAUCUGUCUGCAAUAGACUACAUGGACGAUGGCAGCCCGAUCCAGCUCAAGAUCACGAUCAACGCAGAAAAGGGCGAGGCAGUCUUUGACUUCACUGGAACAGGACCCGAAGUCUAUGGCAACACCAACGCCCCGGAAGCCGUCACCUACUCCGCCAUUAUCUACUGUCUACGCUGCCUGAUCAGCGAGGACAUCCCGCUGAACCAAGGCUGCCUUAAACCAGUUGAAGUCAUCAUACCGCCCAAGUCCUUCCUCUCUCCAUCCGGGACUGCCGCCGUUGUGGGUGGAAACGUCCUCACCUCUCAGCGUGUUACGGAUGUUGUCUUGAAGGCCUUCCAAGCCUGCGCCGCAAGUCAAGGCGAUACCAACAACCUCACCUUCGGCUUUGGCGGCAAUGUCGCAGGGCAGGACGCAGAGAAGGGAUUCGGGUACUACGAGACUAUUGCCGGUGGCAGUGGUGCAGGGCCAACUUGGGAUGGAACGAAUGGUGUGCAUACGCAUAUGACGAAUACGAGGAUCACUGACGCGGAAGUCUUCGAAAGAAGGUACCCAGUGAUUUUGAGAGAAUUCAGUCUACGGCCUGGAAGUCACGGCAAGGGGCAGCACAAAGGUGGAGAUGGAGUCGUGCGCGACAUUGAGUUCCGCAUACCCGUGCAGGUCAGCAUUCUCUCAGAGCGACGAGUCUAUCAUCCAUACGGCUUAGCCGGAGGAGAGGACGCCUCUUGUGGUCACAAUACUUGGGUACGAAAGGUGCCGAAGGUCAAGGGCUCAGAUGCCGAGACGAAGCCGCAGACGAAUAGUGACGUGAAUGGUGGUGAACAGCAAGACUACGAGGAGUUGCACGUAUCGCUCGGCGCGAAGAAUACUGCAUCGAUGCAGCCUGGCGAGAGGAUUAUUGUGAAAACUCCGGGUGGUGGUGGGUGGGGACCUGUUGGGAAGGGCUCUGAGCACAGGCAGAGUGAGGAUCCAAAGAAAGCGUGGAAGGGAGGCAGUGUUGCGAGUAGACAGGCGGAGGGCGAGGCUAGCGCAUAG